AUGUAUUAUAUUAAUUUUAUUUUUAUAUUAAUUAUUUAUGUACAAAUAAAUGCACAAAAUGUUCCAUUUGAUACUAUUGUUACUUUUGGUGAUUCAAAUACUGAUAAUGGAAAUGUAUAUAAUUUAACAAAUCAUCAAUGGCCAAUUGUUCCACCUUAUUAUGAAGGUCGUUUUACGAAUGGCCCUAUUUGGUUAGAUAAAUUAAAAAUUCCUUGUAUUAAAAAUUAUGCGUAUGGUGAUGCAACAAUUGAUAAUGAUAAUUUACUUGUAGGUUUUACUGGACCUAAUAAAACAUUAGUGCCUGGUAUACGACAACAAAUUGUCGAUUAUUUAGCUGUUAAUGAUAUAAAUAAUGUUGAUUUAUCACGCACACUUUAUGUAAUAUGGGCAAGUGGUAAUGAAUAUUUUAUUGAUUCAAAUAUAUCUUCGGAUAUAGUUGUUACUGCUUUAUUAACGACAGUUUAUGAUUUACUUGUUGUUGGUAUAAAAUAUUUAAUUAUUAUGAAUUUACUUCCAUUACAAUUAUAUCCUGGAAUGAAUUUAAACCAAAAUUUAACAACAUUAGUAAUAAAUCAUAAUAAUCUUUUGAUAUCAAAUAUUACUCAAAUUAAAUUAGAAUAUCCGCAUGUAACUAUUCAGAUAUUUGAUAUAUAUUCAUUAAUAAAAACAAUUCUUUCAAAUAAUUCAUUGUUUAAUUUUAAUAAAGUUAAUGCAUGUUGGAAUAUAUCAAAUUAUAGUAUUAUUUCACAAUGUCGAAAUCCUAAUGAAUAUGUUUUCAUUGAUAAUUAUCAUUUUACAAGUACUAUACAUGAGAUUAUUGCUGAUAAUAUACAACUAUUUAUUUCAUCAUCAUCAAUAUCUUUAAAAACUUUUUCUCAUAUGAAUUUAUGUAUAUUUAUAUUUAUUAUAAAAAUAUAUUAA